AUGGCACCUGAGCAGGGUGGCUCCCAGAACCCGGGCGGUACCAUCAUGACCUUCUGCCCAAGCAUGGAAGAAUUUUCCGAUUUCAGCAAAUACAUUGCCUACAUGGAGUCCCAAGGGGCUCACCGAGCUGGGCUGGCCAAGGUCAUCCCACCCAAGGAGUGGAGAGCCAGGGAAUCCUCCUAUGAGGAUGUCAUGGGUAUCUUCAUAGCCACUCCCCUGCAGCAAGUGGUCUCUGGGAAGGCAGGUGUGUUUACUCAAUACCAUAAGAAGAAGAAGGGCAUGACAGUGGGGCAAUAUCGUGACCUGGCCAACAGUAAAAACUACCAGACCCCGCCACACCUGAACUUUGGAGAUUUGGAGAGGAAAUACUGGAAGAAUCGCCUGUUUGGGUCACCAAUUUAUGGUGCUGACGUCAGGGGCUCCCUCUUUGAUGAGAACACUCAACACUGGAACGUGGGACACCUGGGAAGCAUUUUGGAUCUCUUGAGGCAGGAAAGCGGCAUUGUGAUUGAGGGUGUCAACACGCCCUACCUGUACUUUGGCAUGUGGAAGACCACGUUUGCGUGGCACACGGAGGACAUGGACCUGUACAGCAUCAACUACCUGCACUUUGGGCAGCCCAAGACAUGGUAUGCCGUGCCCCCCGAACAUGGCCAGCGCCUGGAGCGCCUAGCCAGGGAACUGUUUCCGGGCAGCUCCCGGGGCUGCCAGGCCUUCCUGAGGCACAAAGUGGCCCUCAUCUCACCCUCAGUGCUCAAGGAGAAUGGCAUCCCCUUUGGCCGCAUGACGCAGGAGGCUGGGGAGUUUAUGGUCACCUUUCCCUAUGGCUACCACGCUGGCUUCAACCAUGGCUUCAACUGUGCAGAGGCCAUCAAUUUUGCCACCCCUAGGUGGAUCGACUAUGGCAAGGUGGCAUCUCAGUGCAGCUGUGGGGAGGCUCGGGUGAGCUUCUCUAUGGACGCCUUUGUGCGGAUCCUGCAGCCUGAGCAAUAUGAGCUGUGGAAACCAGGAGGAGAUCAGGCGGUUGUGGAUCACCUGGAGCCCACCUCAUGUUCCAUGCAGGGACCGAGACUUGGGACCUCCCCUCUGGUUCAGGGCACAUCCUUUUUGACCCGGAGGCAUCCACACCCAGGGCCCCUCAGGAGUGUGGUGGCCAGAGGCCACAACAGCUCUCCUUACACAAAGAUGCAGUGUGCUUCCCCACGCCUUUCAACCUUUAAGCCUGUGUCUCCUCAACUCACUGCACCUGGGAGAAUCCUCUGCAGGCAAGCUUCUAUGCGCUCCAGGAUCCUUGUGGACACUGUUGAUGCUAUUCCCAUGGGCCGUUCCCAGGUUUGCAGACUCUUGGAUAGCAACCCCCAAGCCUCCCUGCCUCUCUCAGAGGUGGACGUGAACUCAGUAAACAGACUGUGCUCCUCCCUCUGA